UCCAUGGAUAGAAUGGUCUCUUUAUGACAUCACAGAUUCCGUGCCUUUGAUGUUAAGCCUAUAUAUCCCUGUACAUUCCCUCACACAUUUGAGAGCAGACAUCACAUUGGUUAAGACACACACUUGACAACUUCAUUGAAAACUCUCGUACAGUCUUUCACAGCACACAUCAAAUUGGUUAAGAUACACACUUGACAAUUGCUUUGGAAAACUCUCGUACAGUCUUUCACUGCACUUAUCAAGUUGUUUCAGAAACUCAUUUGACAAUUGCAAUGGAAAGAAUAAGAAAGCAAAGACAGAUGGUGAAGGAGUAUCAGAAGAAGCUGGAGGCUGAGCAUCACGUUCAGCCUAAAACUACCACCAAGGAGGAGAUGGAGGUAUUUCAGCUCAAGGACGAUCUUGAUAAGGCCAAGCAGGAGUUGAAAAAUGGUCAACUACAAUGGCAAAAGGAGAAGUCUCUCUAUCAUGCCAAGGCUUUCUGUCAAGCCAAGACUUUCUAUAAAGCCCGGAUGGACGAACAGAGAGUGGAGACAAACAGGAUCGCAGCAGCUCUGAAAGAAACACAAGAGCUGCUGGAGACUGAGCGUCACGUUCAAACUACCACCAAGGAGGAGAUGGAGAUAUUUAAGAACCUCUGUCAGGCUACAGUUGAUGAACAAUUAGAUGUCAGCAGUAAGCUCAAAGCAGCCUUUAUCAAGGCUGAGCAGGAGCUGAAAAAUGGUCAUCUUCAAUGGCAAGAGGAGAAGUCUCUCCAUCAAGCCAAGGCUUUCUCUCAAGCCAAGGCUUCCUAUCAAGCCCAGAUAGACAAACAGAGAGUGGAGACGAACAGGAUCGCAGCAGCUCUGAAAGAAACACGGGACCUGCUGGAGACUGAGCGUCACGUUCAAACUACCACCAAGGAGGAGAUGGAGGUAUUUAAGAACCUCUGUCAGGCUACAGUUGAUGAACAGUUAGAUGUCAGCAGUAAGCUCAAAGCAGCCUUUAUCAAGGCUGAGCAGGAGCUGAAGAAUAGAGAUCUACAAUGGCAAGAGGAGAAGUCUUCCUUCGUAGACCAGAAUAAAAAAGCCUCUGAACUAUAUCAUGCCCAGCUGAAGACCAUAGCUGAUUUUGGAAGAAUGGAGAAGGAGGCUAAGCAGACACUAGAGAGAUUCCAGGCAGCCCAUGAAGGCCAGCUGGAAGAACAGAGAGCAGAGACCAACAAGAUCUUGGCAGUUCUGAAAAAGACUGAAGAUCUGUUAGAAGCUGAGCAUCUCCGUUUCCAGGAACAGUCAUCCCUCACAGCACACCUGGAAAAAACCUGCAGGGACCUCAAUCAUGACCAGCUGAAGAACAUAGCUACUAUUCAAACAUUGGAGGAGGAAGCUACGCAGAUGGUCAAAAGAAACCAGGCGUCCCAAGCCCAGCUGGAGGAGCAGAGAACGGAGAUAAACAGGAUCAAAGCAGCCCGGAAAAACACCGAAGAUCUGUUAGAGACUGAGCGUUUUCUUUGGCAGCAGGAGAAGUCUUCCCUCCUUCAGGCCACCGAAGAUCUUCAGGCCACCGAAAAAGAUCUUAAGAGCCAGAUCACCAACAAGCAGAAGAAGAAGAAAAAAUGGUUCAAACUCUUCUAAUGCCUGGCUCCCUACUGUCAAAACAUCAGACAGUAAAACACUGACAGGGUACAUUUUACUGCACGGGUGCUUCUACUUUUGGUACUUUAAGUACAUCUAGCU